AUGGGUGAGUCGGGGGUGAGUUAUGACCUUCUGUAUCUUUCAGGCCACAGCUUUGCCAUCCUGUGGGCGUCAGUGGCGAACACUGUCCCCGCCACCUUCUGGGCGCUGUUCCACCUGAUGACUCACCCGGAGGUGAUGGAGGUCAUCCGUCAGGAGCUGCUGGACGUCCUGUCACAGAGCGGCGUGGAGUUCAGCAGCGACAGAGACGUGACGCUCACCAAAGAGCAGCUGGACAGACUCGUCUGUCUGGACAGCGCCGUCAAGGAGAGUCUCCGUCUGUCCUCUGCCUCCAUGAACGUCCGUGUGGCGAUGGAUGACUUCAGUCUGCGGCUGAACGACGAGCGCUCGGUGGCCGUUAGAAAAGGAGAUAUUGUGGCUUUGUACCCUCAGAUGAUACACAUGGACCCUGAGAUCUACGAGGAGCCGGAGACGUACCGGUUUGAUCGCUUCAUGCAGGACGGCAAAGAGAAGACGAACUUCUACAAGGACGGUCAGAAGCUGAAGUAUUACCUCAUGCCGUUUGGCUCCGGCACCUCCAAGUGUCCCGGACGAUACUUUGCUCUCUACGAGAUCAAACAGUUCCUGUGUCUCGUGCUGCUCCACUUCGACCUGCAGCUGGAGGAGGGUCAGGACGGAGUGGCUCCGGACCCCAGCAGGGCCGGACUGGGAAUCCUGUGGCCCAGCGCUGACGUACGCUUCCGCUACAGACUCCAAAAGGUGCCACCUGGACAAACGGCUCAGUGACCGCUGCAUGUCAUUGUAUAUUAGACAGGUUUGAUUACCUGGGGGAAGGAACCAGUUCCAAGAGUGGACCGGACUCAGCUGAACUUGUCCUCAAGGUUUUUACUGAACCUGCUGUUGAUCCUUUUGUCUCUGAUGAGUAAUCUUUGAAAUUCUGGUUUUCAUCACAAUCAGUCAUGACUUUCUUAAAUUCAUCACUGACU